AUGAACAAGAACUUCCCCCGCAGCCACCGCGGCUACUAUCGCGAGGAUGACGACGUGAGCGUCCAUGAGGGCGCUAUCGAGCGCAACAAGGACUGGAGCACCUAUCGCAAGACUGAUGCCUUCAUCCUCUUCUGUGCUGCGGGCGUCCUCUUCACUAUCCUCGGAGGCGGUAUCGCCAUCGCUGCUCACUUCGCUUCUGGAGGCUCUGCCACCGGCAGUGCUGGCCAGGCCUCUGAUGCCCACAUCAUCGCGCGCUUCCCUGUCAUGCAGCUUAACGCUGCUAACCCCACCGGCAUUCACUUCACUGCCAACCACACUCAUUCCAACAUCUCUUUCACCGGCACUUCGAUUCUCUGCGCCGAUGAUGCUGAGCCGACUGAGACUGAGACUGCCAACGAGUCCAAGAACCAGACCGCCACUGAUGGCAUCACUACCAUCAAGAUGACUCGCACCCAGACCGUUCACAAGACUGCUGAGGGAACUACCGUCUCGUCUGCCAAGCCUAUCAACGCGACCCUGUCUGGCUCAUCCGCUCACUCUGAGUCUGUUACUGUCGUCACUCAGUUCCUUACCACCUCGGUGACCGAGACUGCUUUCCUGACCGCUACUGCUACCGAGAGCAUUGUCUCUAAGUCCAAGGCCACUAUGUCUUCAGGCAAGGCCUUAUCCAGCGCCUCUACCAGCGAGGCCACCUCCCAGGUCGAGACCUCUUCCGCUGAUGUCGCCUCGGUCGUCCUCACCAAGACUCUCACUCGGACCCGCAUGGCCACGUCCACUGUUCAGGAGGUCGUUUCUACCGUCACCCACACCCCGACCACCGUCAUUCAUUCUACUGUGACCAUCACCCAGCAGCCCCUGGCCACUUCGUCCCACGAGGCCCAGUGCUCGCACGAUGCUCAGGAUCACACCGUCUACAUCACCGUCACCAAGUCUGACAACUCCAGCUCCAAGGUCGUCAAGACAUCCAAGACGACCUCAUCUACAGUCGCUACCCCCAAGGUCACCGAUGCCACCGUCAUUGUCACCUACACGGUCACCGUCGACAGCCUGACGCCCAUCUCCAAGAUCUCCAAGGUCAGCUCUUCCUCCGUUGUCUCCAAGCACUCGACCAAGGAAGUCUCCUCGAGCUCCAAGACGACCCGCAUCGUGACCCAGGUGGCUCCUCAGACCGUCUACGUCACCGUGGCUGAUGGAACCACCAUCGCCUUCAGCACCGCCGUGUCUUCUGCCCUCGGCCAUGUCGGCACCCCUGUCCUUACCUCUAUCCCCUCCACCGAGUCUGCUCAGGCCUCGACCGCCACGGACGUUGUCAUCAUCAUCACGACCGUCACCAACCAGGUGUUCCAGACCGUCAGCGCUUCUUCCACGUUCCCCGUCGACGUCGAGACCCGCGUUGAGACCGAUACCCAGACGUCCCUCGUUACCGUCACCGCCCUCCCCAGCACCACCCCCGAGUCGUCACUGUCUUCCAAGUCCAUCUUCACCACGGUCGUCCUCACCGACCGCGCCACCAAGACCGUGACCGUGGGAGGAGGCAUGGCCACCGUGACGGUUGCCCCCGAGAAGCCUACCGCGUCUUCCUCUGUCUUUAGACACAACUCUACCAUGACGAGCACCAAGGUCAUCAUCACGCAGGUUGUCCGCACCAAGACCGUCACCAUCAGCGGCCACGUCGAGACGUCCCUGGUUACGGUCCUCAAGAACCUGACCUCCACCAUCACCUUGACCCGCGUCCACAACGCCACCGUGACGAGCAUUGUGACGGACACUGCCCGCCUGCCCCGGAUGAACACUACCAUUCACAUCACCGGCACGCCCAUGAUGCACCCGCGUUCCACCUUCCCCCCCUACGCGCUCACCAACGGCACCGCUAUGCGCCCGAGCACGACCUACUUUCACCCGUCUGGUAACCUCAGCGUCUCGCACCCGUUGCCCACCAGUUCCGCGAUUGUUACCUCCAACGCGGAGAAGCGCGCCGAGCCCGUCAUCUUUGGCAUCGACGCCGCCACCGGCGGUUGCAAGAGCUGCACCACCUGCCUGGUCAUCUUCGUCCUGGGCCUGCUGGUUCUGUUCUAG